AUGUUAAGUGCUACCUCUCUUUCUCUUUAGCAAUGGGCUACUUUUGCCAGAGCCUGGUAUCUCCUCGAUGCGAAGAUGCAACCACCAGGAAAAAUAGCAGCUGCAACUGUAAUCAGACUUGAAGGCAGGCAUAAGCCUAUUUAUCAUGCACUAAGUGACUGCGGAGAUCAUGUUGUCAUAAUAAAUACAAGACAUAUUGCCUUCUCUGGUAACAAAUGGGAACAGAAAGUAUAUUCUUCACAUACUGGCUAUCCUGGUGGUUUCAAACAAGUGACGGCAACUCAGCUCCAUUUGAAUGAUCCGACCGCUAUUGUUAAGCUGACUGUUUAUAGAAUGCUUCCAAAAAACCUUCAGAGAAGAACUAUGAUGCAGAGGCUGCACCUUUUCCCAGAAGAUGUUAUUCCAGAAGAUAUACAGGAGAAUCUUCUCCAAGAGAUUCCUCAGCCACGAGCAGUCCCCAAGAGGUUAGAUGAAUAUACACCAGAAGAAAUAGCUGCCUUUCCGAAGGUUUGGACUCCGUAA